UUUCUUUAAGACCUAUUGCCUUCCAAUCCGAAAGAGGGGGAGGCUAUGGUAAGGUGGUGUAGCGCCCCUCCCCGCUCCCUUAUGCCGUUUACAUGUGCAAAGGAGAGAGACAGGGGGAACCAUAUAUCUGGGUAUUUGAAAGCAGCACAGGCACGGAGGCAUAAUCCGCGGAGAGGUGUCCGAGACAUAUUUAACGUCAGAUUUGGACAGUAUGAGCAUCGCGCGAUGACUGUGUCCCCUGUACAGGCAGUGCACUGGCCAUCACUAAGUACCCCUACCUCAGAGCUGAAUCAGGUGUGUCAGUGCUGGGCUGGAACAAAAGCCUGCACACCGAGUAGCUCUUCAGGACCAGGGUUGGAGACCACUGCCCGUACCAGUAGAAGGAUGGCAUGAGAGACAGCCUUGGUGGUCCUCCUUACCUCUCCUGGAUGAGAUGGACAAUGCUGAUAUAGCAGCAGGAGUAACCCAGCUAUCGCUCCGGGUGUUGUGAAGACCCAACCUGUGGAUCCAGUCGGAAGGUGGGCCUUCCACUAUCCAUUCCUGCCCUCCCUUUCCUCAGCCAAUGCUAGACUCCUACCACAGCCCAGUUUCACAGAGAUACUUCCUCCUUCGGUCAUUCAAGAGCACAUAGAUCAGGGAUUAUCAACUAGAUUCAACCGCGGGCUGAUUUUUUCUUGAGUGGAUGGGCAGGGGGCCGGAACUGACCGCAAGAAGCCCAAACAGAUAUAACAUUUGACUAAAACAUAAUAAUUGUAGCUGAUUUGCUGGUGAUUUUACAGUCAUUUAUGUCCAAAAAGAAAGAAAUAACAAUUUUCUUUGCUCUGCAAACUUGGGGGGGCCAAAAAAUAUCACCAGAGGGCCAAAUUUGUCCCGGCCCCGCAGGCCGCCAGUUGAGGAACCCUGACAUAGUUCCUUCCUGGUAAACAAAACCCAGGUUGUUGCACAGUAAGAAAAAAGCAGCGAGAGAGAAAAGUGCACUAGGCCUAUUUAUUGGUGUUGUUUUGGAGAGAAGAAGUAAUGCAAUAGAUGGAAUCAGAAGGAGUGAAAUGGAAGCGUCAAACAUGAUUAAAAGCUAUUUUUUACAAAGAAAAAAGGAACAAUUUAUAUUUUUUAUACACUGUCAUUUCAGUCAGAGAUGAACAGACUCAAACAGAAGAUCUCGUUCAAGUAACAGACAUUCUGUCAACGAAUCACACGUACACACACUUUGACCCACCUGCACACAGGGCUUUUGGGUAAACACAAACUCCCAACAUAGACGUUUUCUCUCAGAACCCGCCACACACUCUCCAGUCUCAUGAUGAUGUGCGAAGUGAUGCCCACCAUUUCGGAGGACGGGCGCGGUGGAGGCCCCUCCUCUCCUGGGGUCGGGGCUGGGGGCCCUGGUGGGGCCAUAGAGGGAGGGGGCUACGGUGGCCGAGGAGAAUCAAGGGGUGGGGGUGAUGAGGGAGGCAGCACAGGGAACCUGGAGUCCCUGAUGGUCAACAUGCUGACCGAGAGGGAGAGGCUGCUGGAGAGCCUGAAGGAGACCCAGGACAGCCUUGGGACGGCCCAGCUACGCCUCAGAGAGCUAGGCCAUGAGAAGGACUCCCUCUCCAGACAGUUGUCCAUCGCCCUGCCACAGGAGUUUGCUGUGCUGACUAAGGAGCUGAAUGUUUGCCGGGAGCAGCUACUGGAGAGGGAAGAGGAGAUUUCUGAGCUCAAGGCGGAGAGAAACAACACACGUUUGUUACUAGAGCACCUGGAGUGUCUUGUGUCCCGUCACGAGCGCAGUCUGAGGAUGACGGUGGUGAAGAGACAGGCCCAGUCCCCAGCAGGGGUCUCCAGUGAAGUGGAGGUCCUCAAGGCCCUCAAGUCCCUGUUUGAACACCACAAGGCUUUGGAUGAGAAGGUUCGAGAGCGACUCCGGGUGGCCCUUGAGAGAGUGACUCUUUUGGAGGAUCAACUACAAGCAACAGCACAAGAGGUAAUCUCUUUAAGAGACCCAAUUAAAAGACGGCAACAAGGGAUGGACGGCGGGAAAGAUCGCCUACCCAAUGGGCCGUCUUCUGGAUUGGACGGUGAGAUUGACAGACAGAGAGAAACGGAGAUAGAGCGCCUAAGAGCUGAGCUCGCCCAGCUGAAAGAGAGACUGGCCCUGAUGUGUCGACAGGUUGGGGAAAUAGAGGAACAGCUUGCAGCCGCCAGGAGGGAGGUGACAAAGUCGGAGGAGGCCAAUAAGAAGCUCCAGAGGGACGUGAAGGAGGCUCUGUGCCAGAGGGAGGAUAUGGAGGAGAGGAUUACUACAUUAGAACGCAGGUACCUUAGUGCUCAGAGGGAAGCAACCUCUCUACAUGACAUCAAAGACAAGCUGGAGAAUGAACUGGCCAGCAAGGAGUCACUGCACAGACAGAGUGAGGAGAAGAACAGGCAGUUCCAGGAGCGUCUGGAGGACGCCAAGCAGAAACUCCAGCAGACCCUGCAGCGGGCCGAAACACUGCCCGAGAUUGAGGCCCAGCUC